GCGGACGUGAGCCUGAUGUGGGCGGGGUCUAGUAGCCGGAGUCGGGCGGGCCUUUGAGUGGAGCGCUGUUGAGAGAACCGGGCAGCGUGGUCGAUUCUGUGGAGGAGACACGCCGCGAAAUAAAAGUUAUUUUGAGCGCUAACCACAAAUUGUCAAUAUGUCUGGGGAUGAAGAUUCACAGGAGCAGACCAUCGCUGAUGACUUGGUGGUCACCAAGUACAAGAUGGGGGCUGAGAUCGCUAACCAGGCCCUGAAGGUCGUGGUCGACGCGGCCAAAGCAGGUGUACCUGUGCUGAGCCUCUGCGAUAUGGGAGACGCCUUCAUCAGCACAGAGACUGGGAAAGUCUUUAAAAAGGAGAAGGACAUGAAGAAAGGUAUUGCCUUUCCAACAAGUGUCUCAGUCAACAACUGUGUAUGCCACUUCUCUCCUCUGAGGAGCGAUGCUGAAAUAAUUCUCAAGGAUGGAGACCUCGUUAAAAUUGAUCUGGGUGUGCAUGUCGACGGCUUCAUAUCAAACGUGGCCCACAGCCUUGUCGUUGGAGUGACCAAGGAUGCGCCCCUAACGGGCCGGAAGGCUGACGUGCUCAGGGCCGCUCACCUCUGUGCUGAGGCCGCCAUACGCCUGGUCAAGCCUGGGAACCAGAACUCACAAGUGACAGACGCUUGGAACAAGAUCGCCAAGUCGUUCAAGUGUUCCCCCAUCGAGGGUAUGCUGUCCCACCAGCUGAAACAGCACAUUAUUGAUGGCGAGAAAACGAUUAUUCAAAAUCCCAACGAGCAGCAAAGGAAAGACCACGAGAAGGCCGAGUUUGAAGUUCACGAGGUGUACGCCGUCGAUGUGCUGAUCAGCACCGGCGAGGGAAAGGCCAAGGACGGCGGGCAGCGGACCACCAUCUACAAGAGGGAUCCCAACAAGGUGUACGGCCUGAAGAUGAAGACGUCUCGGAUGUUUUUCAGCGAAGUGGAGAGACGCUUCGAUGCCAUGCCCUUUACCCUCAGAGCCCUUCAGGAUGAGUCCAAAGCCAGAAUGGGAGUCGUUGAGUGCUCCAAGCAUGAGCUGGUUCAGCCGUUCAACGUGUUGCACGAAAAAGAGGGCGAGUUUGUUGCCCAGUUCAAGUUCACCGUUUUGCUCAUGGCAAAUGGACCGCUGCGAAUCACGAACAGCCUGUUUGACCCAGAUCUCUACAAGUCUGAGCAUGAAAUUGAGGAUCCAGAGCUGAAGGCUUUGCUCCAGAGCUCUGCCAGCCGCAAGGCCCAGAAGAAGAAGAAAAAGAAGGCUUCCAAGACCGUGGAGAGUGCAACCGGGCAGGCGAUGGAGACCGAAGCUGCAGAGUAAAUCCAUCCUUCUCAGCUUUUUAUUUUCCAAGAAAAUACUGACAGACAUCGGAGGACCCAAAGAACAGAUGGUCAAGAAUCCUUCCAUCCCAGCUGUCUGAGGGCCAGUUUGGCCGACGUGAAUACCUCCAAAUUUAAUGUCAGAUUGGGAUUUUGCUGCUCCUCAAUAAAACGUGUCCUUGGCACAAAACAGAUUCACCGAAUAUUAGUCAGAAUUCCAAGAGGAUCUUGAGGGCAUAUACUAUUAUUUUUCUUUCCCACAUGAAGAGUAUCCAACUUGGCUAAAAACUGUCAAUUAGAUCUACAUUAAAUAGGACGGUUCUCACUGUGUGACCUGGAGUAUUUCUACACAGCAGGCUGCCAAUGUAUUUGUGUGGGACAUUUAAACCUUUUGAAGUUAAUCCAUCCAUUUUUGAAAAACAAGUAACAAUUGUUCACCUGCUGCUUGGGAGGAAAGGGAUUUAACAUCACAUUCGGAUCCUAAAGUCACAUGCCAUCAACAAAAGCAUGCUAAUAUUAGUUUAAUGCCAGCACAUAUACUUUGUUCUGGCUGCAUCUAGAACGUACACCAGUACAACCGUUUGAACUUUCCUUUUAGCAUCCAUCACAUUUCAAUUGGGUUCUUGUGCUUGUGGAAAAUUUAGUAAAUAUACAAUAUUUUUUAUUUUGCUCUGUACAUGGAGUAGGUUUUUCAGAGUUCUCCAUUUUUUUGGAUUUCUUAUGCCACUACUGCUUUUAAGGAGUUUAACAUUCUGUUUACAUAAGACUUCCAUAGCUGUUUAAUAUGUGGAUGCUUUUGUAAAACAAAUCCCUGUUUCAGAGACUAUUUUUGGAAACAUUAAAAAGCCACCUGACAUCACA